UCAAAGAACAUUAAUAGGAAGAUUGUUCUCGACUUUUGCAAAAUGUAUUUGUAUUAUUUUAAUUUAAAAUGUCUUUGUUAAAAUUGAUGGUGUAGCGACUGUUUAUUUAAAGAUAUAUUUAAAUUCUCAUCUACCUCCGUUCAUAAUAGACUGGAUCGUUUAGUGUAGAGGUUAGAGUUCUAGGUUGUAAAAUUUAAAAGUCAUUGACCAAGCAGUACACAAAAAUGUUUUGUUGGGGUAAUGCAACUCAUCACGAAUUGUGUAUUGAAGGCCAUGAAACUAUUGAUUUGGUCAUAAAACCAACUUUGUCAAAAUGGAAAGAGAGCAAUCACAUUCGUCUGGUGGCAGCUGGGGAGUUCCAUUCCCUUUACCUGACAAAUCAGGGGCACCUCUACUCGUGCGGUAGCAAUGAAGUGGGUCAGCUGGGCCGACACACAGAUAGCAGAGAAGGGAAGUAUCCAGCUUCAGUGGAAAAGCUAAAGGAGUUUAAAAUAUCAGCUGUAGCCUGUGGCUUGCAACACUCGCUAGCCUUGAACGAGUGGGGCCAGCCAUUCAGUUGGGGCUGCAACAGCAUGGGGCAACUCGGGCUUGACCCCAAGAAUGAUUCACACUCCCAUAACCUCCCAGCUAUUGUGAGACCACUGGCUACAAAGAAUGUGCUACAAAUUGCUUGUGGUUCCUACCACUCAAUAGCACUAACAAAUAAUGGUGACCUGUACGCUUGGGGGGCCAACUCUUACGGCCAGUGUGGCCUGGGCACCAUGUCCAGUAAGGAAUCCGUGCCUCUACCUAUUACGUCGCUGCUUGGCGUGCCAAUAGCUUUAAUAGCUUGUGGCAGUAACCACACAUUUGCCUUAUCUAAGUCUGGUGCUGUAUUUGGUUGGGGUAAAAACACACAUGGACAAUUGGGACUGCAACACAAAGAUAACAGAUGCUAUCCUUCACACUUGAAAUCUUUACGAGAUGUAAAAGUAUGUCACAUUGCCUGCGGGGAAGACUUCACGGCCUUCCUAACGUUGGACGGCGGUGUGUUCACUUGUGGGAACGGCGAGUAUGGCCAGACUGGCCACGGAACCACGCGAGAUGAACUUUUUCCUAGAAAGGUUAUGGAGCUAAUGGGCAGCACAGUGACCCAAGUGGCAUGCGGCAGACGUCAUCUGCUAUGCCGUGUGGGAGAACGCAUCUUGGCCUGUGGAUACGGCGCCCGAGGACAGCUGGGUUGCCCACACAUGGCCCUAGCGCUGGUUCCGACGCCGGUAGCCUUUACGCCGAGCGAGGAGUCACCACCAAAGAAGAAAACGAAGGUCGAGAUCGCCACGGCACUUCGCCACGAGGCGGGCUCGUCUAAACGAAAUUUUUCUCCGGACAUCUUCAGCGGGCCAAUCAAAGUUUUCGCAGGCGGUGACCACAGCUUCUUAGUUCUGAACUGCGACAGGAUAUCAGCUGACUACCGAGUGCCGGACCAUUCAAAACAGAUACUGACCCUGAGCAUGUCCAAACUGACAGCUUGCGAGGUGUUCAAGGAUGAUGAUGUUGUGAAUCAGGACCUGCUAGCCUACCUUGAGACAGUAUUCGGGUCAAUAGCGUGCGUGAACGCAUCGUUUCUGUUGCCACAUAACGCGCACUUCGGAUGCAACACCAAGACGCCAGGUGUCGACCUUAAAAGUGCGGAGGAGGCGUUCGCACUCAUCAGCAGGCUGGAAAACACUUCUAUAAAGGAACUGAUCUUCAGUCACCUAGCCGAGGACGUAAUAAAGAAAAUGAAGGCUUCCCCGCCUGAUGCGGAGGCGUUAAGGUUAUUCCUCACGCUGCCUUUGUACCACGAAAUGCGGAACCCUCGGCGACAUCCAGAACUACAGGGACCAUUCGCAGAAGCAUAUAACAAUCUAUCCGUGCAUCCCCAAAGGAUAGUCAACAUGUGGUGGGAGUCUCAAUCUGCGGAAUACUUCGAGAUGCUGGUAGAUAUAUUCAAGAGUGUUAUUGUUUAUGAGUUGAUGCAGCCAGUGGUCCGAGCCAAUAAGAAAAUAUAUUUCACACACAGCAUAGUCCAAAUUCUAAACACGCUGUCGUCACUGAACAAAACAAACUUUAUGAAUCCCAAGAAGCCUAAGAUACCAGCAGAGUGUUUUUACAUCGACGAGCUAUGUAGCUAUGUGGACAUAGCGACAGACUACAUCAACUGGCUAUCCGACCAUAGUUCAACGCAGCCGCAUAUGUGCAACUAUCCCUUCCUCUUCGACGUCCAAUGCAAGUCUUUGCUGUUGAAAAUAGACCAGCAGUUGCAAAUGCAAGUGGCUAUAAGCAGGGCUGCUACACAAAUAUUCACGCGGUUAUUCACCGACCCCACUUAUGAUUACCAUCAAGGAGACCAGUUUUUGAACCUGACUGUGUCAAGAAAUCACAUAGUGAGGGAUACGAUGUUGCAAAUCAGCAACCACGAUACGUCGCAGUUGAAGAAACCGCUAAAAGUAGAAUUCGUAGGCGAAGAGGCAGAAGACGCCGGUGGUGUCAGAAAAGAAUUCUUCAUAUUAUUAUUGAAGGAAAUAUUCGAUCCAGUGUACGGCAUGUUCAAGCAGUCGGAGGAAACCAACAUGAUCUGGUUCUCGAACAACCCAUUUGAAGAAGACAUCAUGUAUUAUUUGAUUGGUGCUAUAUACGGUUUAGCGAUAUACAAUUCGAUAAUCAUCUAUGUUCCCUUCCCGUUGGUCCUAUACAAGAAGUUGCUGGGCGAGUCUAUCAUGUUGGAUGACCUCUCUGAUCUGUACCCGACGCUUGCUAACAGCUUGAAAAGCUUAUUGGAAUACCCAGACGAGGACGUGGAAGAUGUAUUCAGCCUCUGCUUUGCCGUCAACACAGAAGUAUUCGAUCAGAUACAAGUGCACCCGUUGAAGGAAGACGGCGAGAACGUGCCGGUCACGCACGAGAACAAACAGGAAUAUGUCGACUUAUACGUCGACUUUUUGCUCAACAAAUCUGUCGAGACUCAGUUCAAGGCUUUCAAUCAAGGGUUCCAAAAGGUCUGUGGCGGAAGGAUAAUAAAGUUGUUCAGAUCUCACGAGCUGAUGUCGGUGGUGAUCGGCAACGAGGAGUAUGACUGGGACAUGUUUGAGAGCAACUGCGAGUACAAGAAUGGAUACUCGGCCAAUGAUCAACAAGUCAGAUGGUUCUGGGAAGUGUUUCAUGAGCUAGCGAUUGAGGAUAAGAAAAAGUUCCUUUUGUUCCUCACUGGGAGUGACAGAGUUCCUAUACAAGGCAUGAGAGAUAUCAAGAUAAGAAUCCAACCUGUGGCCGACGACAGAUACUUCCCAGUAGCCCACACAUGUUUCAACCUGCUAGACUUGCCCAGGUACAAAACCAAAGAGCGUCUCAAAUACUACCUCUUGCAAGCCAUCCAGCAGACACAGGGAUUCUCGCUCGUCUGAUCAAGGUAAUAGAGUUUUAAUUUGCUCAUUAGUGGUCCCGUUGUCACGCCACUUCGACCCGCACUGACCUUAUUAAAUCACGUGUCGAAAUUAAUAGUUACGGCUUUUAUCAACUUAGGACUGCUUAUUCAAGUAUUUGAAGAAGAAAAGGAAUUUUACAUUAUAAUUUUUAUUAUAACCACGUAUAUUUUGAUUUUAUUUUAUUGAUAUGACACACCGUAUAAGUUUUUAUUUCAAUUUAU